AUGGUACGGGGGGUAGAGAGUAGAACUCCCCGUUGGAGCGGUGCCCAGGAUGACCUUCAUCACCGACCAACUCGUCCACCUCGACGCCCAACUCGACCGUCUGCAACUCGACCGUCUCCCCGCCGCCGACCACGACCACGAUCACGACCUCACCUCCCCCUUCACCAGAACCUUCUCACACCACUCCCACUCCCACUCCCACGCCGCCCUCACCCCAGCACCCACGCCCAGCACCUCCAAAAGCUCAUCAAAUCACUCAGCGCCCUCCCCAACCGCCCACUCCUAACCCCCCACCGCAUCGUCACCCUCCUCCAAUCCGCCUCCCUCGACCCCUCCACCGCCCUCACAGCAAGCGACCACACCCCGCACGACCUCGAGCUCGAAUGGGUCCUGCUCAGCAAAGCCACCAUCCAGACCUACGGCAUCGUGCUCAACUCCCUCCUCGCCCAGACCCUCCCGCUCACGCAGGACAUGUUCUACUGGGACUCUGUCGUCUCCUCGCCCUUCCACACGGCCCUCUACACGCUGCAGACGGCGCCCGCCCGCUUCACAGCCUUCACCGCCGAGAUCCUCUCCGACGCCAUGCGCCGCCUGCAGGAGCUGCGCGACAUGGAGCGCAUCCCCGUGCUGCCGGGCCCCUACACCAUCGACCAGGACGACGACGGCAGCAGCAGCCUCGAGCUGCCGCAGCCCGAGUGGCUGCUGGAGGCGCCGUCGGCGGGCGACUCGCUGUCGCUGACGGCACGAAAGUUCUAUGCGCUCGUGCGCAACGCGCUGCAUGAGCGGUCGUGGCGCGUGGGUGCCGUGUCGCCGCUGGCGCUGGCGCGGCACGAGAUUGGCCGGAAGAGAGCGGCGGUGCGGAGGCUGCGGGAGAUGAAGGCUUCCGCGCUGGGGGUGCUGAUCGGGGAGGGGCUGUCGUUCGGGUUUGAGGACGCCGCUGCUGCGAGCGGCGAGGGCGAGGAUGGCGAUGAGUGGAAGGGGAUUGUGGAGCGCGCGGUGACGCUGAUGGAGAAUGUGGUGUGCAAUGUGAGCAGCGUGGACACCACGCUCGACGAGUUCGAGGAGACGGUCUUUGCGCUGGACAAGCCCUCGUCCUCCAUCUCCUCCCUCGCGCCCACCGCCGCCGGCGCCGGCGCCCCGCGCCCCACAGCGGCGCUCGCAAAACAGCUCAUCGACAUCCUCAACCACCCACGGCCGCCCUCCCUGCUCACCCGCUACUGGAUCCCCGCCACGGCGCUGCUCCUCUCCUCCACCACCCUCCUCCGCUUCCUCUCCGCCCGCCGCGCCGCGCUCAAAACCUGGCUGCGCGACCUCGGCGCAACAACAAUCGACUUCUGGAACAACUGGGUCAUCGACCCUCUCCGCAGCCUCAUCGGCACAAUCCGCCACAGCGCCGACUCAGAGGUCGCACUCAUGUCGCGCGACUCCCUCGCCGCAGACAUGCACAGCCUCGAGCGCAUGGUCGUCGACUUUGCCAUCGACAACCCUGCCAUGGCCUCUCCGGACGCGCCGCUGUCCGACGCCGUGCUCGAUGCGCUCCGCGCCCGCGUCAAGGAGGGCGAUCUCACGCCCGUGCUGCGCGCGUACGAGCGCGACAUGCGGCGGCCGUUGCGCGGCGCGCUGGGCGGGGAGCUGGUGCGUGCGCUGCUGAUCCAGGUGCAGAAGACAAAGGUGGACGUCGAGGUUGCCAUCAGCGGGAUUGACCGGCUGCUGAAGAGCCAGGAGCUGGUGUUUGGGAUGGUGGGGGUCACGCCGGGGGUGCUGGUGUGCGUGGGGGUUGUGCAGUGGGUUCGCGGGGCGAUGGGCGGGCGGCGCGGGAGGAGGUCGUGGGCGCGGGCGGGCGAGAUGGUGAGGGUUUUGAGGAACGUGGAUCGCAUAUUGGGCGGGAGUCGGGGGGUGCGCGGGGAGAAUGGCGGGAUGCUGUCGUAUAAGGAGCAUGGGCUGCUGCUGUGUGAGGUGCAUGUGCUGAGGGAGUUUGCGCGGGGAGUGUUGCCGCGGGGCGUGAGGGCGGAGUUUGUGGAGGAUGUGGAGGAGAUGGUGGAUGUGAGGCGGGGGGUGAGGGGACAGUUGAGGGUUGUGGAGAGGGUUAGGUGGGCGUACGCAAAAUGGAUCAAAUAG